UUUUUUUUGCUUUGCUUUCGCUCUGGUGUGUGUGUUUUUUGGUUUUCACUUAACCAAGAUCCAAAGCGUAACAACAAUAAUAAUAAUAAUAAUAGUGAAGAACCGAAAACGACGUUGACAACGGACAACGCAGCAGCCAGGGCAAAAUAGUAAAAAGAGAAGAAUAUUAGCGACAUUUGUUUUUUUUUUUUUUGUGAGGAGGUAAGAAGAGAACUUCUUACCAAUGAUUUCGCUGUUGCAAAUGAAGUUCCAUGCGCUGCUUUUGCUGCUGUCAAAGGUCUGGACAUGCAUAUGUUUCAUGUUCAAUCGCCAAGUGCGCGCUUUUAUCCAGUAUCAGCCGGUUAAAUAUGAACUCUUCCCGCUGUCACCGGUGUCGCGGCAUCGACUCAGUUUGGUGCAGCGCAAAACUUUGGUGUUGGACUUGGACGAGACGCUGAUACACUCACAUCACAAUGCGAUGCCCAGGAAUACGGUGAAGCCGGGCACGCCGCACGAUUUUACCGUUAAAGUGACGAUCGAUAGACAUCCAGUGCGAUUCUUUGUGCACAAACGGCCGCAUGUCGAUUACUUUUUGGAUGUGGUAUCGCAAUGGUAUGAUCUGGUUGUGUUUACGGCCAGCAUGGAGAUCUAUGGAGCUGCUGUUGCUGACAAAUUGGACAACGGCCGCAAUAUAUUGCGGCGUCGAUACUACAGACAGCACUGCACGCCCGACUAUGGCUCCUAUACCAAAGAUUUGUCAGCCAUAUGCAGUGAUUUGAAUAGGAUAUUUAUAAUUGACAAUUCGCCUGGGGCAUAUCGGUGUUUUCCAAAUAAUGCAAUCCCCAUUAAAAGUUGGUUCUCCGAUCCAAUGGAUACGGCAUUAUUAUCGUUGCUGCCCAUGCUCGACGCGCUGAGAUUUACCAACGAUGUGCGUUCGGUGUUAUCGCGAAAUCUUCACCUGCAUCGCCUGUGGUAGCAGGUGUGCCGCCACCAAGUGUAGCUAAUGCAACAAAUUUAACAUCAACAUCAGAUGCGAAGUUACAAAUUAAAAUUAGCAACAACAGAAACAGAAACAACAACAACAACAAGAUGAAACAACAACAAAAGAAACAGAAAAAAAAUAAGGUGGUGCUGUGACACAUAAACGAAUUUUAUGUUUAAUAAUAGGACAGAAUGAAUGGAUCGAUUUUUCUAUAAUCUGUAUUACAUUUUCAAUUAAUGCAAC